AUGGAGAUAUCUAUGUUCGAUCCUUGUUUUGGAAUUAAUUUUAAGGUCGAAGAACCAGUAGAGUUAGAUGAUCUAGUUAUAAGGUCGUCACACGAAUUAGUCUCAAAAUAUGUAAAUGUUGUUCCUGAAAGAUGUAUAAAAGAUGAAUGUGAUUCCGACAAAGUUCCUGGUGUUGACGAUCUCGUUAAAGAUAGAGCUGUGGUUUUGAUCAGGACAAAUCAGAACCCUAUCCGACGAAAUUCUGCAAAGGAUGUAAAAUUUACCUGUGAUCUAUGUAACAAAGAAUUUGCUUUUAAAGUACGCUUAAAUGAACAUAAUAAGAGUAUUCAUGAAGGAAUAAAGUAUCCAUGUGAUCAAUGUAGUAAAGCGUUUUCGUCCAAAUCUAUGUUAAAUAUCCACGUGAAAGCUAUUCAUAAAGGAAUAAAACUCACUUGUAAGCAAUGUGAUAGAAAGUUUAAUUGUAAAUCCAACCUAAACUUACAUGUAAAGUCUGCUCAUGAAGGCAUAUUUUUCCAAUGUGAUGAAUGUGAUAAGAAGUUCACUGCGAAAUGUCCACUAAAUAGACACAUACAAUCAAUUCAUCGAGGAGUGAGGUUUACUUGUGGACAAUGUGACAAAAACUUUACAAAACAGAGUACAUUAAAUGAUCAUGUUAAAGUUGUCCAUGAAGGAUUUAAAUUUUCCUGUCAGUUUUGUGAGAAAUCAUUUUCAACAAAGAAGUAUUUUAGAAAACACGUGAAAACUAAACAUGAGAGUGAGCGUUAUUUCCAGUUCAUUUAUAUUUAUUUAGUAUUUAUCAAUGAAAUGGAGAUAUCUAUGUUCGAUCCUUGUUUUGGAAUUAAUUUUAAGGUCGAAGAACCAGUAGAGUUAGAUGAUCUAGUUAUAAGGUCGUCACACGAAUUAGUCUCAAAAUAUGUAAAUGUUGUUCCUGAAAGAUGUAUAAAAGAUGAAUGUGAUUCCGACAAAGUUCCUGGUGUUGACGAUCUCGUUAAAGAUAGAGCUGUGGUUUUGAUCAGGACAAAUCAGAACCCUAUCCGACGAAAUUCUGCAAAGGCAAUAAAAUUGUCGCAUGAUUCACGCAACAAGGAUCUUUCAAUAGAAACUACUCGUCAUCUCCAUAUUAAGACUGUUCAUGAAGGAAUAAAUUAUCCUUGUGGUCAAUGUAAUAGAAAGUUUGCUUGCAAAUCCAACUUGACUCAACAUAUUCAAGUUUUUCAUAAUCGAAUAAGAUAUCCAUGUGUUCAAUGUGAUAAAACGUUUACAAGUAAAUCUCAUCUAAAUAAACAUGUGAAAUCUAUUCAUGAAAGAAAAAACUAUCCAUGUUAUCAAUGUGAUAAACAAUUUGCAUCUAGAUGCAGUUUAAAUAUACCUGUAAAAGUUAUUCAUAAGCGUUUGAAAUUUACUUGUAAUUUAUGUAACAAAGAGUUUACUUAUAAAGGAAAUUUAAAUAGACAUCACAGAACUAUUCAUGAAGGAAUGAAAUAUACAUGUAAUCAUUGUGAUCGAAAGUUUACAACAAACUCUAAUUUAAAUGAACAUGUAAAAGUAAUUCAUGAAGGAAUAAAAUAUCAAUGCGAUGAAUGUAAUAGAAGGUUUUCCUCUAAAUCCAACUUAAAGGAACACCUGAAAAAAGUCCAUCCAAGAGUGAGGUUUGGUUGUGAACAAUGCAGUAGAAGAUAUUUAAAAAGAAUUAUCUUCAUUAUUUAGUGACUGAUGUUUGAAGUCUUCGUUAUCUAAUCUUAUCUUAUCUUAUCUGGUGUAAUGUUGCUGCUGAAAGAGAAAUACUCCUUUUCUAUACAAUCAUCUCAUUUACUUCAAUAAUUUAUUUUUCUUCAUUGUAUGUAUAUCAAAUGUAUCUUUUGUAUAAUAUUUAUUUAUUUUUUUUUAAUUUUUAUUUUAUAUAAUCUUCAUUGUAUAGAUAAAGUUAUUAUUUUUUUACUGAGUUUAUGGUUACUACUUUCUUUUGUUUAUAUAUGCGCCUGGGUAACGUAUACAAUACAAUAUUCUUUCUUAUUUCAUCAAUCCAUAUAAGUCAUAUCGUUUCAAAGUGUAAAAUAAAUAAACUGUAUUAAUUUUCAAUUAACUAUUUUGUCAAGUAUGACUUUUUGAUCUGAUGUUGUUAAUUGUAUUUGAUCAUAAAACAGUAUUAAUCUAGGAAAUAAAUGAAAUUCAUAGAGAUGGAGAAAAAUGGGAGUCAGAUUCAGUUAUGAUUGUAAUAGAUUUAUUGAUCAUAUUAUGUAUAUAUAUAAUGUAAUUGAAAUAGAAUGUAAAUAUUUGAAAUUGUGCCAAAAACCAAACCCCUAAUUAGUUAUGCCAAAUGUACUUACUUGAAUAUCAAUCAUUUCCACAGAUAAUUUCUCAGUAAGUGUGUAAAUAUUUUUGGCAUGAAUAUUGUCUAUGGAAAUAAAUCUAUUCUUUUUCAAAGUAAUAAAAAGGCUGUCUUUUAGAUCAAUCGGUGUAAUUCAGUACCUACUUACAACAUUUUUAGUUUAUGUAAAACGAAAUUAUUUUAUUCUAAAUCAGCUUUCUAUAGAAAUCACUAAGCAAAUAAAUUUUUGAGACUGGACUAAUUCGCUAAAGUUUGUUCAUGAAACAAAAUCAAUUCUGUCGUUCGUACGCUUUAUCGACGAUUACAUCUCUUCGGAUACUUGAAAAUUCUUGCAUCAGUGGUACUUGUACAAUUUGAUAAUUGUUUUUACAUACUUAACUACAUAGUUUCAAUAAAUUACAUAUCUUUGA